AUGGACCAUUUGGAAGGAUCAGGUAAUAGCCAUAUGGUAGAGUGGUCAGAUGAUGAGGAUUUAGGUGCAGAAGGAUCAGGAAUUGCAAUGGAAGGGUCAGCAGAUGAGCUAGACGAGGUGAUCAUACCUGCCAUUAAUGUUGAAGAUGUACGGCGUUUAGAACCGACUAUUCACACCACUAUCAGAGCUUUUACAGAAAUAAAAGCAGAAACCCGAUCACCAAGCAAGCCUCCUGUCAUCGCUAAACCACCAGAGGCUGGAUCAUCUAACCGAUCAAUGAUAUCUACGCUGAUCACUUUAAUAUUCACCAUAUUAAUAUCAGUAACAUUUAGCUGA